AUGCUGGCAGUGUGGGUCACCCUGCAGUUCAUGUACAAUUUUGUGAAGUCAUGCUUUGAAGAACCAGGGGCUCCAGAAAGAGCUGGGCCGAAGGAGGGCCGCUGGCUGGUCGAGGCCUCUGAGCCGCAGCUGGGCUCUUAUGAGCCCCGCUGGUGCGAGAGCUGCCAACUCUGGAAGCCACCCCGCUGCCAUCACAGCAAGCGACUGAACCAGUGCGUCCUUCGCAUGGACCACUACUGUGUCAUCACUGAAAACGUCAUUGGUCAAAGGAACCAUGGCUACUUUGUUUUGAUGGUCCUCUUCGGUCUUCUUGGCCUCGCGUAUGCCCUGCUGAUGGUUGGCUAUGUGUUCUGGCUCGCUUGGAAGCCUUACUGGGAGCUCUUCUCUUUAUUGGCCAACUAUGCGCGAAAGCGGGGCAGUUACUAUCAGUGGCUCUUACUGGGAGGACACCUUCAUGUUUUGAAGGCCCUGCUGGGGAGUGAGAUCACAGUGCUGUUGGUGUUGACGAUCACGGCGCUCUUCUUGCUGCUUCCACUGCUGCGGCACGUGCGCUUGGCUUUUCAGGGCAUCACUGUGUUGGAGACCCUGAAAGCUCCCAUCAUCCAGCUGCCCGGGAGCAAGGUCUUUUGCCUUGAGCCUGGAGACUACCGGAGCACUUGGCGUGAAGAACUGGCGCAGCUCCUGGGGCCCUGUGCUUGGUGGUCUGACCAGGUGAAGGGUUGGAGGAUGCACGUGUCACCCGUGCCGCUGCGUGGAAGGGGGGCUUCCUCAUGCCCGGUGCACUGCGAGGACGGUCCGCCACCGCGCUUGCGCCCUGCGGUGCUGGAGGAGCUGAGACCGGUGGAGACCGGGGUGCCGGUGGGGGUGGGUCACUGGGCAGUCGGUGAAAAGAAUCCACUCUUGAAAGGCCAGAAACACAGAGAUGAGAUCACAGUAUAG